UAAGUUUUAUUAUAUUUAAAGAAUUCCUGAAUAAACUCUUAGUAACAAAGAAAACAAGAAAAGGAGAGUCCAGAAAAAGAAAGCCAGAGAGAAAAAGAAAACGAUACCUAAGUUAAAUUUGUACCUCUCUCUUUUCUUCCUGCAGCAAACUCCACAGUUAUAUUCAUGAGAAGAGGAUUGAAAGAUUGACAUAGGAAUAGCCAAAAAAAACUUGAAGACUCUUCACAAUAAUUCUAUGUCCCAAGAUUACCACCACCAUCAUCAUCAACAACACCAAGGAGGAAUCUUCAGCUUCUCUAAUGGAUUCGACCGAUUAGAUUCGACCAGCUUAACAACUCAGCAGAAGCAAGAACAUCAAAGGGUAAAAAUGGACGAGGAAUCCUCAGUCGCCGGAAGUGGUAUUCCGGUCUACGAAACAGCCGGAAUAUUAUCAGAUAUGUUUAACUUUCCCGGUAGCAGCGGUGCAGUAGGAGGAGGAGAUCCUGACCACGACCAAUCUUUCCGGUCAAAUAGACAGUUUCUUGAGAAGCAACAUGAUCAGAAUAUUCCGGCGAAUUCCGCCGCCGCCAUGCAGUUAUUUUUAAUGAAUCCUCCGCCACCGCAACAACCACUGUCUCCGUCAUCUACAACCUCCACAAGAAGCCACCACAACAAUUCCUCAACUCUUCACAUGUUACUACCGAAUCCAUCUCACCAGCAAGGCUACACAAGUACUAUGUCUAUGCAUCAAAUUCCACAUCAGCAUCAAGAACAACUGACGUGGCAGUCUUCCUCUUCUUCCGACCAUCAUCAUCAUCAUCAUUACAACAGCCAAACCGAGAUCGGAACCAUCCACAGCGGUGGACAAGGCUUGUCCCUAUCUCUCUCGUCGUCUUUAGAGGCUGCAGCAAAAGCGGAAGAGUAUAGAAAUAUUUACUAUGGAAGCAAAACUACUCUUCUUGCUGACUACCCUCAACAUCAUCUCAGAUCAUCUCCGGCGGUUGCGGCGGCUUCUUCUUCUACCGUAGGAGCGAUCAAUAUCCUAAGAUCCUCGAGGUACACGAAGGCCGCUCAAGAGUUGUUGGAGGAGUUUUGCACCGUUGGAAGAGGAUUUUCUAAGAAAAAUAAACUUAGGAACAGUUCAAACCCUAAUACUAGUGGUGGCGACGGUGGCUCUCCAUCGUCGGCUGGAGCAAUUAAAGAUCAGCCUCCUUUGUCGGCGUCUGAUCGGAUUGAGCACCAAAGAAGGAAAGUGAAGCUACUCGCCAUGCUUGAAGAGGUGGACCGACGGUACAACCAUUACUGCGAGCAAAUGCAGAUGGUUGUGAACUCUUUCGACAUAGUAAUGGGCCACGGUGCGGCGUUACCGUACACCGCCUUAGCUCAAAAGGCUAUGUCUAGGCAUUUUCGAUGCCUUAAAGAUGCGGUUGCGGCUCAACUUAGGCAGAUCUGUGAACUUCUUGGGGACAAAGAUGCAGCUGGAAUAUCUUCUUCCGGAUUAACUAAAGGUGAAACGCCGCGGUUGCGUUUGCUAGAACAGAGUUUGCGUCAACAACGUGCGUUUCAUCAAAUGGGGAUGAUGGAACAAGAAGCUUGGCGGCCACAACGCGGUUUGCCUGAACGCUCCGUUAAUAUCCUUAGAGCUUGGCUCUUCGAACAUUUUCUCCACCCGUAUCCAAGCGAUGCAGAUAAGCACCUCUUGGCUCGCCAGACUGGUUUAUCCAGAAACCAGGUAUCAAAUUGGUUCAUAAAUGCUAGGGUUCGAUUAUGGAAACCAAUGGUGGAAGAAAUGUAUCAACAAGAAUCAAAAGAAAGAGAAAGAGAAGCAUUAGAAGAAAGUGAACAAGAUCAAGAACCAAGAAACAACAACAACGACAAGAGCACAAAAUCCAACAACAAUGAUAGCAACCUCACUCCAGUUCGGACCACUUCACAAACUUCAAUGACAGCUGCACAAUCAGCAACAACCGCACCCGAAGCAGGAGUAGCGACAGGCCACCGUCUAAGAUCAUCCGACAUCAAUGCUUACGAAAACGACCCUUCCUCCUCCUAUACCAACGUCGCCGCAGUCUCUAGUUACGCUGGUCCAACCGCAUUUUCUGCGGUUGCUACUUGUCAGAAAGGUAUUGGAGGAUUUGAUGAUACUAACAUGGAUGGUGAUAAUGUUAUAAGUUUUGGUACAAACCCUACUGGUGACGUGUCACUCACGCUUGGUCUACGCCAUGUUAGCAAUAUGCCUGAUCAACGCUUCCUUCUGCGAUAGAGAGUUUGGGGUUGGUGGUUGGUUUGAUUUUGUUACUACACUUAUUUAACUAAUAUCUGUUUUCAUUAUUGUAUUCAAAAUCUAUUUAAACUCUCACAAGAAUACUUUAGAAUUUAGAUCAUCCUUUUUUUCUUUUACUUGGUUUUCUUCUUGCAAACUAGAAGACAACAAUUUAACAUCAUAUUGUAACUGUACAAAACUACAACUUAAUGUUUUCUUUCACUGUUUUGUUUGUCUAAUCCUAAUAUUUUCUCUAA